GAGUGGGCGUGCCGCGACACUGCGAGGGUUUGAUGACACACCGCGGUCGGCAACGCCAGAUCCCUCACGCUGGCAGAGGAGAGCGAGCAGAGCCAUGGGGAAGACAGGUGGAAGAGUAGACUUUGAGUGGGUCUACACUGACCAGCCACACACCUCCAGGAGGAAAGAAAUCCUAGCCAAAUAUCCAGAAAUCAAGACCCUGAUGGGUCCAGACCCUCAGCUGAAGUGGGUGGUGUCAGGCAUGGUCCUAACCCAGCUCGUGGCCUGCUACUUGGUCAGCGACCUUCCCUGGAAGUGGGUCUUCUUCUGGGCGUACGCCUUCGGAGGGUGCAUCAACCACUCGCUGACUCUGGCCAUUCACGACAUCUCUCACAACGUGGCCUUCGGAAACAAGCUUGCAAAAUGGAACCGCUGGUUUGCCAUGUGGGCCAACCUGCCCAUCGGGGUGCCCUACUCCGCCUCCUUCAAGAAGUACCACAUCGACCACCACCGGUACCUGGGGGGCGACCAGCUGGAUGUGGACAUCCCGACAGACUGGGAGGGAUGGUUCUUCUGCACGCCUGCCAGGAAGGUCCUUUGGCUCUUCCUGCAGCCAUUGUUCUACGCCUUGAGACCUCUGGUGGUCAACCCCAAACCAGUGGGUCCGAUGGAGAUCCAGAACACAGUAGUUCAGAUCGUCGUGGAUGCUCUGAUCUUCUACUUCUGGGGGCUGAAGCCCAUCGUUUACCUCAUCGCCGGGUCCAUUUUGGGCAUGGGGAUCCAUCCCAUCUCCGGACACUUCAUAGCCGAGCACUACAUGUUUCUGAAGGGACACGAGACAUAUUCGUACUACGGAGCACUGAACUUGAUCACCUUCAAUGUUGGAUAUCACAUGGAGCACCAUGACUUCCCCAGCAUACCCGGCAGUAAACUACCUCAGGUCAAAAAGAUCGCAGCAGAGUAUUACGACUCCCUGCCGCAGCAUACCUCCUGGUUCCGGGUGCUGUGGGACUUUGUCUUCGACGACAGCAUCGGCCCUUACGCUAGAGUCAAGCGGGAGUACAAGCUAAACAAGCUGGAAUAGAUUUCGGGUUGUAUUUAAACAGAAAAGUUAAUUAAAGUUGUUGAAUCUCUACUUAACCACA